AUGAAGUUACAGUAUCACCUGUUGUUAUUCACGUUCCUCCUGUCGGAAGACGUACUUUGUCAUAAAAGUAUUUAUGAAGAUGUAAAGGAUGGUUCCACGGCAUCGAAGCAAGGGGGUAGUAGUAAUGUUGGAAAUGACUACUUAACCCACGGUGGAAUAAAGGCGUUGUGGCAAGGAGGGGGGAACGACAAAAAAGGGGAAGGAAACAAGAGUAGCAAUCAGAAGGAAGGACUCCUGUCCUCGCUACUCGGCUCAGUCAAACGACUACUCCUUUUUAAUAACCAAGAAAUUGAAAACAAUGUCCAAGGGAUCAGUGACAAUGUAGUCGAAAUGAAAGAUGGAAUAAUAAAAAAUUCGUCCAACAUAGCUAAGCAUGCAAGUAAAUUAAAAGAUGAGUUACAAAAGAACACAGCCUACUGGGCCAACGUCGUUAAAACGACUGUUAGUGAGGAGCUACAUCAGAUCGAUAAGUUCAGCAAGGAUCAGUUAGACAGACUGAAAAAGGAUCCUGAAAACAAAUUUUUUUUCACCAAACUGUUCCACGCGGACAGUGCAGCGGUAGAUAAUUCUUCUUCCCAUAAGGACAAGAAAACGAAAAAUGGAGAAGGUGCUUUGGGGUCUAAGGGACGAAGUGGACAUGACGACCCUGAGGUGGAAGAGGAAGAAAAGGCGAAAUCUUUUUGGGACUUCGUGCACACAGGGGGAGGGAAUGCAUCCCCUGCAGCAGAUGGGAAGAAGGAAUCGAGUACCGGCUUCCUCCGAAUGUUCAAAGAGGAUACAACUAAACCCAGUAACAUCACAGAGAAGAAAAAAUCCUUUUCGUGGUUUUCUACACACUCGUCUGAAAAUGGCGCUGCCAGUGGUAAGGACUCUCCUGAGAUGAAAAAUGCAAACGGAACGAAGGGACAAGAAAUGAUGAAAAUACCGUUCCUGUCACACUUCACCUCAAAAGCGGAGGAGGAAGGAAACUCGAAAAAGGGAUCAGCGAAUCAGCAAAACCAUCUCAAGGAUGACACGGAGAAGAAUCAUGGAUUUACGUUCAAUUUCUUCAAAGGGAAGGACAGCAAUGAGGAGUCCUCCCACAAAGAGGAGGAUCACCAACAUAGCGACUCACACACAAAUGAUAAAGGAACCUUAUUCCAAUGGUUCAAUCCCCCCUCUAAGGGAGCAAAGAAUGGUGAGCACUUACCGCAGAAGGAACAAUCGGGAGGAACGACACAUGACUCGUUUAAGGGGUCCCAGCAUGGUGAAGCGAAGGAGGAACAGGGAGAAAAAAAACAGUCCUUCUCCCUUCUGAACAUGUGGAAGGCGACACAUAAAGAGAAGGAGGGAAAUCACCACGAUGAAGCGGAAACAGAUGUAGGAAGCAACAAGAGUCAGGUGACCGAUGGGGAUGAAAGGUUCAAAUCUGACGGAAAAUCAUCUCACGGAGGAGUCACAUCUUCGGGAGAAACAACCAAUGCAGAAGGAAUAGCACAGUCCGAGUUGAGCAAAAGGAACAGUCACCUGGUUGACCUCAUGAAGAAUAUAUACGAUGUAAAGAAUGGUGAAACAGGUGAAAGGGCGGACAAAAUAUUAUCCUUUAUGCACACAGAGCAUGAGCACGAUGUGAACACCAACUGCCACCCAUUGGUAUCCUUUAAGACGUGUCUCAGCACGUGCUUUAAUGUACCUCCAGCGAUGGAAGGAGGCAGCAACGAUGAGACUGAUGACAAGAAGGAGAAGGAGGAGAAGGAGAAUGAGAAGAAGGAGAAGAAGGAGAAGAAGAAAAACCUGUCCGUUGGUGACUACAAAAAGUUGGAGAAUUGUAUCCUGAAAUGUAGAAAAACAAAUUUUAGUGAAAGAGCUCCGGGGUGCGCAACGAAAGACGGUUCCGUUAUCCCUGGUGAUAAAACAAAGCACGAGGAGAAACUGAAGAACUUGGAAAAGAGUAACUACAAGCUGGGGGAAGACUCCUCUGUGUUCUCCGAUUUGACUCUACGUGAUAAGUAUGCCGAUGGGAAGCAGAACCAAGCGCUGAACACUCCUAACGGGGAGACGCUCUCGGCGAACUCCACCUGGGUGAUGAACGCAGCUGGAAAGCAGCUCUCUACUGCGCAGACGGAGAUGCAAAGUGGUUCCCCCACGGAGACGCAAAGUGCUUCCCACACGGAGAUGCAAAGUGCUUCUCUCAAUUUCCCCACCCUGUCUGACAACAAACUGGGGACUCACUUGUACAGUAUGGAUUCUAGCAAGAGUAUCAUGGGAGGACAUAAAAAGGAACCCACUGAUGGAAAGAACAACAUGGUUGGGGAGAGCUCCUUUAGCUUUUUUAAAGCUUUUGCACCCCAAACGGGUUCUACAUCUGAUGGUAUGAACACACUCGGUGCAGCCAAUCCGUCGGACGAACUUAACAAUGGGAAAAACAGGGCUGCUACGGAAGGAGCAGCGGCGAAGUUAACCUCGGAAGGGGGAGUACAUGGGGGGGUCCUUGAAAGCGCAAAAGGUCGCAGUGGUGAUGGAAGUGGUGAUGGAAGUGGUGAUGGAAGUAGCAAUGGAAGUGGCAAUGGCCGUGGCAAUGGCCGUGGCGAUGAUGACGAUGACGAUGAUGAAGACUUGAACGACUUCAGCUACAUAUCGAAGGGAUUCUUUCUGCUCCUCCUGCUGGUUACCUUCUUCGUCUACCUCUCCGCCUUCACCAACAUAAUCACUCAGUUUUAUGUGUCAUUCAAGGAGAAGAUGUGCCUUUAUAUAAAGGGACAGUAUAGGUCUCCGUUCGAUCAGACACAUGGAGAAUCCGCGGAGGCCUUCUUGCCCAAGGGUCGCCAGCAGUCCUACGGCAACGCUCUCCACGGAUCGUACGAUAAUCUGUAUCACGCCUUCCAUGAGAACGCCUGA